AAAGUAAUAGAGUAUUGUUUACAUGACCUUGCUGGCGACAUUGUGCCAAUUGGGAUUUUCUAAUUGCACUCAAUUAAGGUUUUUGCUUUUGGCGGUAGUCACGGGCAGAAGUAAACUGGUUUGUAAACUCUUCUUAAUUCUUAGGACCUAUCAUUCCACUGCAUACCUCUUUCUCAUGAAAUGGCUUUUUGGGCUCCUUAGAUGGAACAACACAUUAGAGCUCAAAAGAGCAAAGGCAUGCCGAUCCAAGAUAAGUAAUGCUGCGAAAGUAAAAACUGUGAACAACAGCUCUUUGGAAAGAACAUAUUGUUCUGAGGUCAAUGGGGACAAAAAAGGUAGUAUUGCUGUUUCAUGCAAAGAAGUGGUCCAAGAGAGAAGAGCUGCUGAAAAGAAAGAAAGGAAUAGACUUCAUUGCCAACAAAACCAGGAAAAAUAAUUGAAAGGAUAAAGGAGAGAAGACGAGAGAUCCGUGAAUCCACAACUGAACGUGCUAGACACACAAGGCGUACUGUCAAAGAGAUCAUGGAAAAGAAAGCAGUGAAUCCGUGCCUCCACUAUAUUGGAUUCGAAAUGCAUCCUGGUCUUUCGCACAUCUAGGCCGCACGCUUUUUUUUCUUUUUUAAUUUUUUUUCCUAUUGCACUCAUAGGCCAUACUCAUUUAUUAUUUUGUUUGUGUGAACGAGGAAAUAAGAAAUAAGAAAUAAAAUAAAAAUAAAUUAUAACAAAAUAAAGACAACUAAUCAAUAAAAUAAAAUUAUGGGAAAAACAUCAACUUUCUGUCACUCUACAACAGCUUUUUCCUACGGCACACAUAAGCCGCCAUAGACUUCUCAACUUGGUGCACCUGAAAAAUCACAGAGCACAAAACCACAAGCAGAAAAGCAAAAUCAAGUGCAGCAUCAAGGGCAGGGUAAUACUAGCAGCAUUCCGCCCGAUUUCUAAUUCUACUGAAAAUAAAAAUUAUUGAAACCUUUAACAGGCAUUCUCUGCAGCCAUAGGCCAUGAUAGUCUCUGGAAAAAGCUGACAUUGAGAACACUUCAAGCUUGUUCUUUAUGGAACUUGACCAAGUGAUCAACACUCCUUGAAAAAGGUCUACUGACAAAAUGUUAAAAAAAUAUUAAUAAUUUUAAUAAGAUGCUGCCUUUCAAAUGUAUACCUAACUGUCCUUAAUGAUGUUAAUAACAAUCUGCCAAUGAAAAGAGAUGAUAGAUUUAUGGUGUGACUGUUCUUAGCCAACCAGGAAAAGUAUGUUUCAGAAGGUUAACACUUGCACUCACUAGCAUGGUUGCAUCACUCAGUUUAUGCAAGCUUGGUUGGGUGAUCCACUGUUGAGAAUAAGUCUUGGUGCGAUUUGUCCUAAAAGGUAAACUGUUUGUUAUUUUCACUUUUGUGUUUAUUGAACUGUGAAUGAUUGCGUUAAGUCUGAGACUAAGGGUAUUUAAAGUGCCCCUAACCAUUCAAUUUGGUUUAGUUUGGUAGAUUUCCAUAUCCUUCAAGAACUCAUUUUUGAAAGCAUUUUUCAAAAAUAAUGAAUUCUGAUGUUUUUUAAUAAGCGCUUAAGUUACUAAAAUUCUUACAUUUUUGCCGGCUAUCAGCCCCCUGGACAUAUCAUUGUUUUGCGAGCUGAUAAGGAAGGAGCCAAUGAGAAGCAUCUGAUAUUUGACUUUUUUAGCUGUGAUAUAAGAAAAGGACACCAUUCCAAAGCACAAGGCAUUGAAUUUACGGAGCAAUUUCGAAGAUUAUUAGUUACAAUAGGUAUGGGAAUAUGUCCUCCGAAGAAGAGUUUUCCAAAGCAGGUAAGGAAGCAUGACUGACAAAGAAACAGAGAGUGGAUUAAAAGCUUAUAUGGAUGAGUUUCUCGCUGAUGAAGAAUGGCUGAAAAAUUAUACACAAGAAGAAAAACCAAGUAAGAAGCAGCUAGAAGAUGAAACCAGGACUGGUGAAUGUUGAGGCGUGUGCACAUUUUAUCUUCAUUUAAAAACCUCACACUUUGAAUUACCUGUAGUUCAAAGCCUGCCAACAUUGCCAGGAAAAAAACAAAUCUCUUUUCCUUAACAAAAAAAAAACAAACGUUUCAUCUAAACUGUCUUUUUAUGGUUAGGUGUACAUGAAGAAACUGCAGCGAAGAAGUUCUAAAAAAUUGCUGAAAAAAUUAUUGUUGCCAGGAAUUGGAUGCCUGCAUUGAAUCAAUGGAAAGCAAACUUGUACAAGAAGCUCAUCCAGAAGGCCAAAAAUUGUCCUGCAUAACCAACCACUCAGGCUUUAAGCCCGUCGCUUUAGUUAAAUGGACCCUCAGAAUGGCCGUCGCCACAGCCCAUCCACUAAUCACAGCCACACCCUAUCCACAGAGGACAAAAUCAGCCAGGCCGAAGGAGCAAUCAAGUCCCUAAAAAGGCACACAGACAAAGGAACUUGCCCAGAAAUCCAAGAAUACAGGGCGAGGGCCAAAAUAGGAGCCGACAAUGAUUUUAAAAGAGAGAUCAAAUCCGUAAACACGCAGAGCAAGAAACCCUCAGUGCAAUCAUACACUUCCAUCAGCAUGAAAUUGACCACUCAAGGUCAAAAUCAAGAAAGGAAAGAAAGCACUGAACUCUAAAAACUGUAGAUCGAUCAAACCAGCUCACGUAGCGCAAGCUGUAAACAAUGAUGUAACGAUUGAGACAGCAAAACAAAUUGCAGUAAAUCUCCAGGUUCAAAUCACCCAGUUCGGCACAAUGAUGGAAAAAUUAGGAGCCACUGAGAAUAAAGAAGUUAAAAAGUACACACGUGUAUUCUCUGACUCCCACCACAAACAUGGGGCCAUAAAGACAAUUACAAACUUCAAAUCACAUCUGCUACAGAGGUUACCCAGAGGAUCUCAUUAACACAACCCUUUCAGAUGUUAAUUUCAAAGACAGGAAACUAGCCCUUCAACAGAAACAAAAGAGAAACCUACGAAUCUUGCUUUUUCUCACACAAUACCAACCAUCAGUGCUUAACCUAAAGCAAAUUCUCAUGACAACUGGCAUUUAAUAGAGCAACAGCCAUUACUAAGCGAAAUCUACAAAAAUCCGCCCCUCAUAUCAUAUAAAAGAGGGUGGUCGCUCAAAGACAUACUCGUGAGAACCAAACUAUGAAAAAGGCUAUUUUAAACAUGCUGGGGAGUCAAGUAGGCCCAUCAACCCCAGUUUACACUUAAAUCAACCAGCCUACCGCUGUUUCAGACCACUUCACUCUUACAAGUCAUUCCAUCAAGGACAUACAACACAUUCUAUUCAAACUCAUGAAUUCACUCAGGGACAGCAUCCAUAAGGCCCACAAAGGAUUUCUAACGUCAAAGGCCAAAACACUUUAACCUUAUGGGAUGAAGAGUCAAGAUGAAAAUUAAAUUUUUAUAUAUUUUUUUAUGGCAAUGUUUCCAUCUGUUUUCUUUCUCCGCCAAUCCCAUUUUGUUUCUUUUUGUAUUAGUUAAAUCUUCUAAUCGUUUAUUCUAUUCUCUAAUAAAGACUAGUUUCUCUGGCAAAAAUAAUGGGCACAUAAGUCACCAACCCUCAAGCUGUCCCAUCACCUUUGCUUUCAAUGUAAAUGAUGUUCCUCCUUACUUGUCCUAUGGAUUACUUGUAUUAGCAUGACAAAGUAUCAUCAAACUUAAAUGUUAAUUAUAUCUAUAAGAUAGUCUCUCAAUGUAGUUAUGUACGUCAAUAAAUUAUCAGUACUAAAGCAAUUACUCUUAUUUCUCAUUUAAUUAUCACUAUAAUAAUUAUUAUAGAAAGUACUGCAAAAAAUGUAAUAGAAGUACUAAAUUUUUUUGUGUACCAUAUAUGGUGGUGGUUUUCUGCCAAUUCCUACAGCGAUGUCACUUUUUCCUAGGAGGAUAAACUUGUGGUUACCAAGGCAUUUUCCAUGUGUUCACAAUUUUGGAAGGAAACUGCAACAAGCCUCUGCAACAAAUAGUAACAGAUGCAAAAGAAUUUCUGCUACAUUGCAUUUAGACUGUGUAGCCCAUCAAGAUUCCGAAGCACCCAACAAAGCCUAAGUGCACCAAGCAACCUAAUAAUCCUCAUGUCAAACACCAUUCAGGAGAUUGAGGAUUAUUAUCCAGGAAGUGAAUUGGUAUUCUUUUUAUGUUGCAAAGUGCUGCCACCUUCUCUUUUAAUGGCAUAAGCAAGCUCUCCUGCAAACAGCCAACCUUCUCCAUCAAGCCUCCCUUCUUCAAGCAGUGUACUGAAUUUGUUAGCAGAAUUCCUUUUGCAUGAUAAUUUAUACAUCGUAUCACAUCCUUCAUCAUGCAGGAGUGUUAUGGUUGAUGAAAAUGAAGCCCCGAAAUGCUUCUGGCAAAAUUCAUAAAAAGUACUUGUUAGAAGCACUUGUAAAAGUCCGCGGGAGGUGUGAAAAGAAGCUACAUGUAUAUCUAUUGCAAAAUCCCAAAGAACUUUCAUGGUGGUACAAUGCUGGCUGGACUGUGCAAUUUGAGUGAACAUUACAGAUAUGUUUAUUUAGCAAUAUUAAAGGAUUUUUUUCGCUCUCUGCACCUUAGUGAUUUGGCUCGGACCACUGAAGCUUGUGGAGUGUCAUCAAGAGGAACUGGUUUAUUGAGCUGUCAGAAACAGGAAAUCUGUAACCUGUUAUACCAUGCAGGGCAUUUAGAUCUCUCUCAAGCUUGAAUCAGGCUUCAAUGCAUUUGUCAGAUAACCAUUUCCAAGAGACAUGAGAUGAUGCUAACUGAAAUAACCUUGAAACGCCUGGAUAUUUGAAAUUGUCUCACCAUGGACCAAAUUGUUAUUUUCCAAGUCAAGAAAAGUUAGCUUGAAGUACAGCAUAUUCCAAUUUCCGCCAAUAGGCAGUUCACAAUUCUGGCCAUUGCAUGUUUGUACUUGUGCGGGGGACAUGAAACAAUUGAUGCACAUGGACCAGAGUUCAGUGCAGAAGAGUUUUUAUUUCUGUCAAAAACUUUUGAGUCUGUUGGAAGCAGCAGAUUACAAAUAGAUAUGGUGGAAGGCGGUAAUCCUUUGAACAUUACGAAUACCAUCAAAUGUGAGCUAUUCGAGUGA